AUGGCGGCGCAAUCCACGUUGCGCCACUCGGCGUCCCAAGAUAUCCUGGCGGCCUUCAUCGAAAAGUACAAGAAGUUAUUCCAGGAUCGGAUUCGACGGACCUCCCGGCGCACGCGAAUCCUUGCGACUAUCGCUCUUGCUACCACCAUCAUUCUCGGUGCCGAGGGUGGCCGGCGUUGGUGGAAGAAGCGCCAUGCUGAAAAAGAACAAGGCAAGAAAUUGGUGCGCACAAACUCCUGGCUCUUCAACAAGGAUGGAUCGAGAACGAUAUACGUCCCAUACAAGGACAGCACUUCCAAGAUCGUCAUUCGUAGGACGAAACCGACGACUUAUGAAGCGCAUAGACGCUUGUUCUUGAAUCCUCCCAAGGUGUCCGGUCUUGGUGAUGGUACCGUGCCGUCAGCACAGACAAAGCCGGGUCUCAACCUUGCCUUCUUGCACCAGUUCCUCAGUUUGAUGAGCAUCAUGAUACCCCGUUGGUCCAGCAAGGAAGCCGGAUUACUUGUCAGUCACGGCAUGUUUUUGAUGCUUCGAACAUAUCUAUCCCUCGUGGUGGCCCGGCUUGAUGGUGAGAUUGUGCGCGAUCUCGUGGCCGGUAAUGGCAAGCAAUUUCUUUUGGGUAUCGCCAAGUGGUGUGGCCUGGGAGGUUUUGCUGCGUAUACCAACUCCAUGAUCAAGUAUCUAGAGUCCAAAGUAUCAAUCGCAUUCCGAACACGACUGACAAGAUACAUUCAUGAUUUGUACUUGGAUGAAAAUCAGAAUUACUACAAACUCUCUAACCUCGAUGGAGGGAUUGGCCAAGGUGCAGAUCAAUUCAUCACGCAGGAUUUGACGCUGUUUUGCGCGUCGGCGGCAAAUCUCUAUUCCUCUCUCGGAAAACCUUUUGUCGAUAUUUGCGUUUUCAAUUACCAGCUCUACCAAUCCCUUGGCCCUCUCGCCUUGACAGGCUUGCUCAGCAAUUAUUUCCUGACCGCAAGCAUUCUGCGCAGACUAUCGCCACCGUUCGGAAAGCUCAAGGCCGUAGAAGGACGCAAGGAGGGUGACUUUCGAGCUCUACAUGCCCGUUUGAUUGCAAACGCUGAAGAAGUCGCUUUCUAUGGCGGUGCCGAUAUGGAGAAGACGUUCCUUAACAGAGAAUUCAAGUCGCUCAAGAAUUGGAUGGAGGGCAUUUACAUGCUCAAGAUCCGCUACAAUAUCCUGGAGGACUUCAUUCUGAAAUACAGCUGGAGCGCUUACGGGUAUCUACUGUCCUCACUUCCAGUUUUCCUGCCUGCUUGGGGCGGUUCGGGUGGUGCCAUGGAAAUCUCCAACAGCUCACAGAAGGGCAGCCGCGAACGCGGUCGUAUGAAGGACUUCAUCACCAACAAGCGUCUCAUGCUGUCGCUCGCUGAUGCUGGAGGAAGGAUGAUGUACUCCAUCAAGGAUUUGGCAGAACUUGCUGGUUAUACCAGCCGCGUUUACACCUUGAUAUCGACACUUCAUCGUGUUCAUGCCAACGCCUACUUUGCCCGGCCUAGCGGCAAUGAGCUAUACUCACUGUCUGACGUUCAAGGCACGGUACAAAAAGGUUUCGACGGCAUCAGACUUGAGAAUGUGCCGAUUGUCGCGCCUGGUCUGUGGCCGCAAGGUGGAGACGAGUUGAUGGAGUCUUUGAGCAUGAUUGUGCGGAGAGGGGAGCAUCUGCUCAUUUCCGGCCCGAAUGGUGUCGGUAAGAGUGCAAUUGCCAGAGUCCUUGCUGGCCUAUGGCCCGUCUAUCGAGGACUUGUGAGCAAGCCAAAGACUGUAGGCGAGGACGGAAUAAUGUUCUUGCCGCAGCGACCGUAUCUCAGCAUCGGUACACUCCGAGACCAGGUCAUUUAUCCCGAUGGAGAGCUUGAUAUGCGCCUCAAGAGAAAGUCAGAGCGGGACUUGCAAGCUGCUCUCGACGCUGCACGACUGGGAUAUCUUCCCGACCGUGAGGGUGGCUGGGACACUCGCAAAGAGUGGAAGGACGUCUUUAGUGGUGGAGAGAAACAGAGAAUCGGGUUUGCGCGUCUGUUCUAUCACGAGCCCCAGUAUGCAAUUCUCGACGAAGGGACAAGUGCGGUCUCGAGUGAUGUUGAGGGCCUGCUCUAUGAAACUUGCAAAGAGAAGGGCAUUACUGUGAUCACGGUGUCUACUCGCGCAUCUCUGAAGAAGUAUCACACGUUCAACCUCGUCCUGGGCCUCGGUGAGAGGGGUGAUGAGUGGGAGUUUGAACGCAUCGGAACGGAGAGAGAGAAGAUGCAGGUAGAGCGCGAACUUCAGGAUCUGCGUGAAAGAUUGGCGCAAGUGGAACAGUGGAAGCAGCGGCGCGAAGAGAUUGAGAAGGAGCUGGCGCAGGUGUGGACUGAGGGCGGCGAGUCCUUAAGUCCGCCGCCAUAUGUUGCUGAGGAGACUCAGAACGAUGAUUCAGAUGGCGCUGAGUUUGUCGAAGCCGAAAGCGGAUAG